UUCUCACCAAGAGGACCAUGCUGUCUCCGAGCCUUGCUCUCCUGGUGUUCAUCUUCACCGCCAAGUCAGGUGAUGGAGCCCAAAUCAUUGGAGGGACAGAGGUGACCCCUCACUCCCUGCCCUCCAUGGCUCUGGUCGAAGCCAGAGAUGAAAAGGGAAACCAAUUUAUCUGUGGCGGGACCCUCAUCCACCCGAAAUGGGUCCUGACUGCUGCUCACUGUGCACGUCGAUUCAGACGAGUGACUCGGCUGGUGAUCCAUCCUGGCUACACAGAAGGUUUUCAUUUCAACGAUCUGAUGUUGCUGGAGUUGCAGUCACCUGUGGAGGAAACAAAGGCUGUGAAAUCAUACAGGAUCAACACCCCACCAAAUUACCCCGGAGCUGGCAAGACCUGCUUGGUGGCUGGGUGGGGUCUCACUGGCUAUGGUGCAUCAAAGCCAUCUGAUGUGCUGAUGGCCGCUAACGUGAAAGUGAUUGACUUGAAGACGUGCAACUCUGCAGACUAUUACGACCGUUACCCAACGAUCAACAAGGAUGUAAUUUGUGCCGGCUCUGGUCGAAAGAAGGAGAUCGGUGUCUGGAAGGGCGACUCGGGCGGUCCUCUGGUGUGCAACAACAUGCUGGUUGGAGUCACUUCCUUUGGACAGCCGUGCCUCCCUGCCGUGUUCAUGUACCUUUCUCAGGACCGAGUCCAAUGGAUCCAACAAACAAUUAAGUAAAACACAAUGAAAGUAACUGCAGUUGUGCACGAGUUAGUUUCCAGCACCAUACGAGUUUUUGUCAUGAAAAUAAAACU